AUGGACUCCUGCAGCGGGGCCUUGGGAGACCCCUGGCUGGACAAGCUUCCCGGCAUCGUCGCGGGUGCUUUCCUGAGGAAGUACAUCGCAGAGCGCUUCGUGUCAACUUUGGGCGGCGAGGUGCACAGCUACUCUGAGCACAAUGGCCUCUCCUUACACUUCCUACCGCAAGAGGAUCAAUCAUCCAAGAAAGGUUGCAUGGUCUUCGUGCAUGGAGGUGGUUUCCUCGGGGGAGCACCUUCGCAGUUCUAUCCUUAUGCGAAGGAGGUAUCGCGCCGGUAUGGCAUCUCCACCGCAUGCUGCGAGGUAAGCUGCUUCCUGACGCAUCCGUUUUCUAAGGUGCCCUUCGACAGCAUCGACGAUGCCCAGCGUUGCGUGCACUACCUGCAAGAGAACGCGGACAAGAUGGGGAUCGACCGGGAGAAGAUCGUCUUGGCAGGUGCCUCAAGCGGAGGCCACACGGCCGCCAUGGCGGCUCUCCGCGAGAAUCUGGGCUUAGCAGGGCUGGUUCUUUUCAACCCAGUGCUCGAUCUGGAGUUCACGCAGCGCUUCAGCGAUAGACGGCUUGCAACUUGGCUAGGUAGCUUAGCGCUGCGAUGGCGCUAUGGCGAGCAGCAGCUGCGGGCUGGUUCACCCAUCCAUCGGGUGCGUCAGCUGUCACAGCCCACGCUCAUUCUUCAUGGCACGGCUGACCACCUGGUGCCGAUCGAGGAGGUGCAGGGCUUCCAGCGCGGGAUGGAAACUACGGGCAGUGACUGUAAACUGGUCACUUUCCCUGGCGAGGGUCACUUCUUCUUUAAUUGGAGG